AUGGAGUCUAAACAGCCUACAUACGAGAACGUAUCGCUUUCCGAUGAUCACGAAGAAAUGAUGUCAAACACCGAAGUUGAUGAGUCCUUGAUGGGGGACGAGAAGGAAUGGCAGACAACAGGCAUGCGCAGGCGGUCGAGGAGGAAAGCUAUCUCAUCCGUCCUUGACAAAUAUCGGUGGCACCUCGAUGGCUUCCUAUUGUUCGUUAUUGCGGCACUGGCAGCAGUACUUCUGCUGCAGGCUCGGCGGAGAGCAGACCCAUCGAGUCGGUGGCAAGUCGGUGGUGACUAUACGGGAAAUGGACCGAAAUUCGACACCAAGGUCGUAAAGUGGGAGGCUAACAUGGCAUUUUCCCCUUUGAACUCGUCCGAGUUCUUCGAAGACAAGACACUGGCUCUGUGGAAAACCUUGAUGCCCGCGGGUACCGGGUACGGUUACAAAGGACAGACAUUCUUUACGACGUCUAUGACACAUCAAUUACACUGCCUCUAUAUGAUGGCACGAAUAUUCUCCGGCGUGGAGGCAAAUAUGACCGCUGUUCUACCGGGCGAUUACCACUUUCAUUUCAACCACUGCGUUGAUUAUCUGCGACAGGCUGUCAUGUGCUCAGCGGAUCUGUCAAUGGAACCCCACGAGCCGUCCGAUUCAGAUGAGCUGGGCCCGCUGGAUGGUGGUUGGAACGGUCAUCAUGUCUGCAAAGAUUACGGCCAAGUCAUAAAUUACCUAGAACGUCAGAUUGUAGAUGGGGUGCGGGUCGUGCUAGAUAUCGAUGAUUAA